CCCAAGAGUUCAGGAACGGAUAGCUGGCCCAAUUCGAGGCGGUUCCCUCAAAACCAAUUGCUUCUGCCCUUCAUCUUUCUACUAUAAAUUUCGUCUCGAAGCUCUUUCUGCUCCUUUCUUCGAUUCUUUCUUCCGCCGCUCUCGGUUCGUCGGAAAUCGGGCGUUCGAACUCUCGGCGCCCCAGAUGGGCUCGUCCUCCCGCAAAAGCCCUGAAAACCCUAGCGGAGACCGGCUGGAAGAUAACGCCUCCCCUUACUUCGAUGUCUACGGCCCGGACGGAAAAGCAGAUGUUAUUUUUAAAACUCCUGGAGCUGAUUCAGUAUUAAAUCUGCAGGAUAUUCAAGGACUUGUCACAUGGGUCAUUGGUGAUGGUCUCAUGCCAUCUUGGGUUUUUGUCAAAAACAAGCCACUUAUACGAAAAGUCGUCCUGCUCUAUGUUCCAGGCUUGGAUGCAGCCUUGUAUAUGUCAGAGUGCAGCACACUUGCUGGUUUAAGGGAAAGUUGUGGUACUCCUAAGCCAGUUUUAGCUCUGAGUUGUGUGUCAGAUGAGAUGCACACAAUCGAUGCACUUCUAACAUGCAGAAUGAAAAGAAAACACGAGGAGAUUGAUUCGGAUUCCCAGAUGCUCGAUCAAUCUUCAAAACGAGAAAAACCAUUUUCUUUGAAAAAUCGAAAGGAACUACCAUUCCCUAUUUCAUAUUACAAGCUUUCCAACAAGGAGCUAGAGGAUAAUGGCUAUUGUUUCAGUCAACCAGGUUUUGUCUCCACUAUUCCUGCUCCUUUAGGGUGUUCUCCCUAUGAAAUUCUUGCACUUGACUGUGAGAUGUUUUAUCAGUGUGUGACCGUUGAGGGGCUUGAACUUACAAGGGUGACGUUGGUUGAUGUUGCAGGAGAGGUUGUGCUAGACAAAUUAGUUAAGCCUUCCAAUGCUAUCCUUGACUAUAAUACUAGGUAUAGUGGAAUUACCUGUGAAAUGCUAAAUGGUGUCACAACAACACUCAAGGAUAUUCAGGAAGAAUUUCUUGAGCUUGUUCGCAAAGAAACGAUUCUUGUAGGUCAUUCCCUGGAGAAUGACCUUUUAGCAUUGAAAAUAUCUCAUGCUUUGGUGAUUGAUACUGCUGUUUUGUACAAGCACCCCCGUGGUCACAAGACAGCUUUACGGGUCCUGUCAAGGAAAUUUCUAUCCCGACAGAUCCAGGUGUCAGGAAAUGGACAUGACAGUAUUGAAGAUGCAAGAGCUGCUAUGGAACUAGCACUGCUGAAGAUUAGACAUGGACCAGAAUUUGGCUCACCUCCAAAAUUUAUGCGAAGCAAGCUGGUCUCAGUUUUGCAUCAAAGUGGCAAAACCUGCUCUCUCAUUGAUGAUAUAUCCAUCCUCAAGAGAUAUUCUGAUGAUUCAUGCAAUACAAUUCCAAUUUUUUCAGAUGAUGAAGCUCUUUCCAGGGCUAUAAAAGAGGUAAAGAAUGAAAAAGUGAACUUUAUCUGGACCCGAUUUUCAGGGUUGAUUUCUUAUUUGAAGGCUCAAGCACAAGAUGCAGAGAAGUUGAAAUCUCAAGUUGCAGAGGUGUUAUCAUUACUGACAUGUAAGAAGAAAUCAUCCAGGAAAGAAACAAAGCACGGUAGAAUAAGUUCUGAAUUGAAGGAUAUUCUAACUGGCAUAGAUAUUAAAAUCAGAAAACUCUACCAAGCAUUACCUGAUAAUGCUAUGCUUAUAGUUUCUUCUGGUCAUGGAGAUACUGCCAUGGUUCAAGGGUUGAGGAAAAUGCUUGAGGAAGGCUUUGAACCAUCAAUCAGCAGGCAGAAACUUGUACAAGCCUUGGAAGAGCUCCAAGCCCAAGCUGAAGUUGCCCUAUGUUUUGUUAGCGUAAAACAUUGAUUAUGUAGAUAUGGAAUUGUUAAAGCUUCAUGUACCAUAAACAUAAUCGUCCGGCCUUGCCCCAAAUGUUUGGGGGGGAUUGAAGCUGCAUAAUGAUGGAAAGAGAAAUGGAACUAUGUGUUACUGCAAGCUCGUUAAAGUGAAAAUUAUCUUCGAGGAUGCUAUUGCUGCAAUGGACCUUGAGCAUAACCAUCCAGCUGACCUGCCGCAAAUAUUUGGGGGGAUUGAAGCUCCAUAAUGAUGGAAAGAGAGAAGGAACCUUGUGCUGCUGCAAGCUCAGUACGGUGAAAAUCCAUUGUUGCAAAACAUGUUUUUUGUGAAACACACCUGAGAAAAAUUGUAGCCAUCAGCGGUUGAAGUGUUGUAAUUUUUAUACUCUGGAAUGUGGAAUUUACUCGUCCCUAAGAGUCAUUCCCUAAUUUCUUAGCGUAUUUCUAUAAUUUGCAAGCUUCCAGUCAUUAAGGGUUAAUUAACAAG